CCGUGGCGCGCCUGCCGCUUGGCUUCUAUAUGCUAGGGGAUGCGGCGUACCCCCUCAGCGACCAACUCCUCACGCCGUACCCCGGGAAGCUGCUACCUCGAGACAAGGACGCCGUCAACUUCUACCUUUUUGAGUCAACUCAGGCUGACGAUAGAGCAAGCUUUCGGCAUCCUCGUUGGGCAGUGGGGUAUUAUGUGGAGGCCGUUGCGGGUUCUGUUCGCUGGGCGCAGCAGCCUCAUCACUGCACUUUUUCGUCUGCACAACUUCCUGUGCGACGAGAAAGUGAAGCCUGUCCACCCGUCAGAGGAGGACGGGGAAUCCGGGCGCGACCGCCCCCAGCUGACGGAAGACGGCACGCUCCAGGAAGGGUUCCAGACGACCUCCAAGGUCGCGCCGACGAGGUCGGGCGACGUCGCCACCCGUAUGGCGCUGCGAAUGAUGCUGGACAACAAGCGACAGUACCGCCCGCUCUACAACCUGGUGCGGAACGAGGGACAGGCUUGAUGAAGGGCUGGGAAUCGAGGGAGGGGCUGUGCGGACUGGACUCGAUCGGCCAUGGGCUCGCCGCGACCGUGGAGGGCCUGGCUUGGCCUUUGUGCUUGAACUUGGAGGGGGGGGGAGAAGGGGUGAGGGAGGACGUGAAGAUGGGGGGCAGGACAGUAGUCCAAAGCCUUGCUGGUCGCCGGGGAGGGGGAGGGGCAAGGGCAUGGUAUAGAUGCGUAGCCAAUCAGGAUUCGUAGGCGCGCCUCGCAUGCCGCCUCGAAUGCCCUCUUGCAGGACGGAGACGUGCGUGCGUGCGUGUGUUUUUAUCAUUAGCAUCGACCGCGCUAACCGGCUGACCAAUGAAAAGACGUCAGUCUCAAUGCGGUUGGAACACAAAACACUUGUAACUGCCAUUAACUGGGACCCCGUGAGGGGGCGGCAUGGGGGAGGCUAAGGUAUUCUGUGUGUGUGUGUGUUUUUUUUUUCUGUCUGGAUGCGGUUGCAGGUAGUUCAUGUUUGAUACAGGGAGGGGCAGUAGAUUGGUGUUUUGUUCGACUUGGUGUUGGGUGGAGUUUCUUUUGUCUCGCGUGUGAGAUUCGGUAGUUUCGUCGCGCAGGGAGCGAAAAAAUGAUUAUUUCCACCCUCUCCCGGUUAGUCGUGAGUUUUUCUCUUUGUUGUUGUUGUCUCGCCACGUGUUUUGUACGGCAGGGGGGCGAAACCCCCCGUAGGCGACCCGGGGGAAACGCCCCCCCCCAACUUCGUAUCGUCGUCCUCCGUUGACGUCCGACGUCGAACUGGCAAACGUUUUUCGCACUCAUGCACCUUCAUUCCUAUGGUAGCUCGCGAUACGAUGUGAGGAUCAAGCAUGCGUGCCAUCUGGCACCGUAGUGUGUAGUCCUUCCAGUUUGUUUUUGUAGGAGUACACGUUCUUUUUAUUGCGGAGCCACU